UAAAUAUAUCAGUAAAACUCAUCAAUGUGCUUGUUAUCAAGACCUAAUUCUUCUUCGCAAGAACUGUGAGAUGGAGGCAGCAGGAUGGAUGCUCUGAUGCAGUGCCUAGGCAAGAAAUAGAGGGAGAAGUAACCAAGAAAACCAAGGGCAAGUCCAUGUUCACUAACUAUCAUGAAAAGGUUACUAAGAUAUAAGGUAGCAUUCAUUUACUGAAAUGGAGAAAAGAGUUUGGGUAGGAUCCGAAAUUGAAACAACUGGGUGACAAAAUAAUAAGGAUGGGUGGAUAUUAAUGAAACCAUAUUUGAGCCCAAUAGCUGCAAGGCCAAGAUGCAAGAAUGAAGAAGGUUCAAGAAGCUUCAUGUCUCUUGUAUAUUAUUUUGAUUUGCUUAUAUUGCCAUAAACAAACUUCCAUGGAUUCUAGGCUGCUUAAAAUCAUAAAACCAAUCCAAUCAUUCAGCUGCAAACCCCCCCCCUUAAUAGUGUUAUAGGGUUAAAUGGUUUUUUCUUACCACAAACUCUGCAGAAAAGGAUAUCCUGAGUAUUACUAGAGUGAAAGCUAUCCCAGAUUCAACUGCCAAACUGUAACAGUGUAAAUGGUGAGAAAGUCAGUAUUUCGUCUGCAGCCACAAAAUAUUUAAGGACAUUCUACUCAAUAACAUACUAACAUACUGUAUUUUGCAUAUCCAUUUAACCACUCCUAUGAGCCUCCCAAAAGUAUCUAAUUCACAACUUUGGGAGACAUGAAGUACUUUCCUAGAUUAAUUUAAAAUCUAGCUUUGCCCAACUGCACCCGUCUAGAUAAUUAUGGCAAUUUUGGAUUCUGGAAGCUGGAGCUCUGCCAUAUGUGGAAAGCAUCUGUUCAGUAUAGUUCAAAGACAACUGUGUGUGUCUUUGAAUUGGGAACCUGUCAAAGUAUCAUAUGAAAUACCUGAGCACGUGUGUAUGUGUGUAUCUGGAUAGGCAUUGUCUUAUGCCUAUGCAUAUAUUUAGAUAUAAUUCUGAUUUUGGCAUUCUUGUGCAAGAUCUUUCAACCUCAUGGGAUUUCAGUGUUUUGUUUUGUUUUCUUUUAUUUUGCUAUGGAGCAACCAGGAUGCCUUUUGGGGGUCCUGCAGACAUCUCAUUGCUGUGCUUGCCUAACCUACUUAACCAGCUGCCAGCUGAAUUUCAGGAACGUGUCAGCCUCCAUCUAGAAAAGCAUGGAUGCAGCCUCUCGGUACCUCUGUGUCAUACAUCAUUUGCUGAUAACAUACCAACUUGUGUCAUUGCAAAAGUCCUGGAAAAACCUGACCCAAACAAUCUUUCUCCCCACAUGUCAAGCCCAUCAAGCAGAGAUCUUGCCUUUCAGGAAUCUCUUGGAAAACUUGGACAAAGACCUCAGUACAAAUCCGACAUUUACUGCAGUGAUACAGCUCUUUACUGCCCUGAGGAAAGAAGACGGGAGAGAAGGCAGAGUGUAGACAUGCAAGUAAAGGGCGUUGGGUUCUUGAGGUCCCAGAAUUCCACUGACAGCACAGUUGAAGAAGAUGGCUUCCAUUCUAGCUUCUCUCAUGAAGCUUUUCCAGAAUAUGUUACCUCGCUACCUACUUCUAGUUCCUACUCCAGCUUUAGUGUAACAUCUGAGGAGAAGGAGAAUGUUCAAGGUAGCACUUUGACAGCCUCCCAGCAAGCCAUUUACCUGAGCAGCCGUGAUGAGAUGUUUGAAAGAAAGCCCUCUUCAGGUUAUGAGCAGGGGAGUCCAAGGUUUGCCAAGACUAAAUCUAUUCAGCACAUGGAGCUGGCAGAUGACAAUGAGAACUCCCCUACUUUCACUAGGACUAUGUCACCUUAUGCAAGCGAGCCUUAUCAUUUCUCGGCCAUAACAACUCAACAAGCUUUAGCAUCACAGAAGAUGCGCAGUGAAAGCAGGAAUUCUCAUUUGUCAGAAGAAGACCUACCUGGACAGUGGAGACAGCUUAGUGUGGAAGAUAUUGGUGCAUAUUCUUACAGGAACAGUGGCAGGCUUUCUCCCUGCAGCUUUUCAGAGCAGUAUUACAGAAGUCCUAUAAAGAAAGGAGACAGUCGAUCAAGUCCCAUUUAUGCUAGUUACAAAGGUGAUAGCUUCUCAGAGGGAGAUGAUAUUUGUCAAAAUAGACUUGUGGACUCUUGCUUCCUGAGGACAGACAGUGGUCUGAAUAUUGACAUAAGUACCAGUUGUAAGCAGGACAAAUUGCCCUCUUAUAAAACAAAAGAACUAAGGGACAAAAAAAGUGAAAGAAUCACAGUCCAGAUAUGCAGUAGCAAAAGCAUUGAUGGAAGUCCUGUGUUGAAAAGAGAAUAUGUCGACGUUAGUCCAAACAGUUCAGCUGAGUCCCUCAACCAUAGUUCUAUGGAGGCUUCAGAUAUCCAUCAGUCUUCCAUUGAGCAAGGAAGCCAUUCAAGCCUCCAUAGCAAGCAACAGCAUUUUCAACGGACUGGAAGUACAGGCUUAAGUCGAAAGGACAGCCUCACAAAAGCACAAUUGUAUGGAACCCUCCUUAAUUGAAACAUCUUCCAAAGCUGCAAUAAGGAGAUAGAUAGAAUGAGAUAGAACAACUAUGAUGACAUUUGACAUGUCCAGUAUCAUGUAAGUUUCUGAGAAUAUGUAUGUAUGUAUGUAUGUAUGUAUGUAUGUGUGUAUAUAUAUAUCUGUAUAUAUAUACAUACAUACAUACAUACAUACAUACAUACACACACACACACACACACACACAGAGAGAGAGAGAGAGAACAUAUACACACAGUCACCAUGGUACUGUUUUAAGCAGGAAAAAAUAUCUGAUAAAAGAAAAGAAAAACAUUACAAGACACUUGUAAUAUUUGUAAUAUUACAAAUAUUACAAGACAGUUUUCACAUACAGUAAUGACUUUUCCAUCUUGGAUACUAACCCUUUGCCCACUUUUAUAACCUAAUAUAUUUUUAUAAACAAAAUGGUAUUUAUUAGAUUAUCCUUAGUAUUCUCAAGCACUUUGAGUGACAUUUUUGUCCCCUUCAAGUAAGUUUCUUAUUUAUUUUUUGUGCAUGAGGCCACAUGUGCCUAAACUCUUGGAGGAAAAGGGUUAAAUGAGAAAGGGGGCAAGAGAGAAAAAGGAGAGAAGAACUUUUGCAAGGACAAAUCAGACCCUAUAAGAUUUUAAAAUAUAGAUUGUGUGCAGUGCAAGAUAUACAAGAAUGUGAUAUUAUAAAGAAAUUUAUUUUUCAAUGAAAUGGAAUCAAAACAAACCACAAAGUUAUUUAAUACAUAUGUAUUUAGGAGAAAAAAACUGGGGGGAAAUGAACGCACAAAGUGUUACA